AUGGCUGCCCAUGCCUGCUUCCGUGCCCAGUGCGGCAUUUGCGGCAGGGCGCUGGCCGCUGGUGAUCGCUUUAUACCGUUGAUAGGAGGUGAACUCUCAACUGAAUCUCCCCCGUGUCUGGAGGGCGCAGAGUUUCCCACGGGUAAUGAGGUUGUUUUUGAUUAUCGCGGGAGGACGCUCUGCUGGCGCCAGAAGUGUCAGCAAUGCAAGCACGCUAGCAGAGCAGUCGGUGUCCACUCCGACUGCUUUGCAUUGUUUCAGCGAGAGUGUGCUCUUGAAGAUGCGCUCGAUCGUCUGUGGGUAGCGGUCCUAUCACGAAGCCCGUGGUGGUUCUCCCUGAAUGCCCGUGUUGAUGGGAGAGCCGAUUGCCCGCUGGAGCUUAUAUACGAAAAGGCGGACAAGUUCGGACUUUCCGCCUGGAGGCUCCUGCCGCAGGAGCUGACAGACAUGAUACGACACAGCUCUGAGUCAGCUUUAUUUUGGCUCUACCUCUCCGCUUUGAGUUUUAUUAGGGAUCUUCCUGGAGAAGAUUCGUCCGAUGGCUUGUCCCAUGUUUCGGUGCCCCUCGCUAACGUACUGGCGUGGACGAGAGGAAGCGCCCCAGUUAUUACUCCAGAGGAAGAAGGGCCACCUAUUAUACGUCUUACCAGUGAUUGUAGAGGCCUGAAACGGGUAGAAAGGCUGGACAGCAUGCCACACUACCAAGACUGGCGUUCAGACACCAUGGAGUUUGCCAUCCAAGACGUGAGCCUUGUUAAGAGUUACAACAUCUUACGCCUAGAGACGCCGGACAUUAACCAUGGGUUCCAUAUAUGGGAUAUGCCUAAUCCACCCCUUUUAGAAGACUGCAAGUUCUGUGGGCAUAUUGGAAACUCUAUGCGGUUCUCGACAAUCGAUUUGCACGCAGUCACUGGUCUCACCUUUUUCUUCUCCCACAAUAAAGUAUACGCAAUACAUCCACACACCCCAUCUUCCCCGGAUGCGACGAAAACUUUUAACCGAUUCUCGCGGCAACGUCGGGCAAGUCUCGCUUGGGUGUAUCUUCCAUUGCCCAGAGGUGAUGAGAUCAUAUCAUUUGGUAUACGUCUAAAAAGUGCGGAUAACAGGGCCGUGUCACAAAUGCCUUGCUUUAUGUUCCGAACCAAGCUGGCCGGAGAAGUCAUUCUCGGACCACUGCCAGCUAGAUAUAGAUAUAAGGAUGUUGUUCUUAUGCCAUCAUCCCCGAAGCUGCUAAUACACAACAUCACCGAAUUUGGUCCCAUCACGGUCUUUGGCGCGUUUGCCCCAGAAAAAGAUGAUUCAGUUCCUAGUUUUUUGAGCGCUCCACCUUCCAAUAUUCCAAGUGGUCCAGCACUUUUCUCUUCUGUUUCACUCGAGUCUGUCACAUGCAUUGAAAUUUUUGAAGGCAUAAAGACAGGCACACCCGCAGGCAUCUUAUUCCAUUACGAAAACGGGGCACAACGUGCCGUGGGGAACUGUCGAAUCGGCCUUGACAGUGUGCAGACUUACAUCAAACCUACCCGUCUAUGUUGGCAAUCUAUAUCGAAGCGACCGAAUUCAAUGCGUGCCAUCUAUAAACUCGAUAGCGGAGAUUAUUCUAAACAUCAACAUUGUACACACCUAACUCAGAAUGAUAUUUGGGUAUGUAAUGCUCUUGAAGGAACGAUGGAGUUCUGGUUUUCCCAGGAGGAUUCUUCGAUUCUCAUCCACCAUCCAUGA